AUUCAAGCAACGUACAUCAAAGUUGCUGGUGAACGCAGCAGGCCAAGCAGCAUCUGUAGGAAGAGGUGCAGUCGACGUUUCAGGCCGAGACCCUUCGUCAGGACUAACUGAAGGAAGAAGGAAGAGCACCCAAAAUGAAGCUGCUGACACCAGUCCAGGCUCUUGCGUUGGUUACUCUGCUUGGCUGCGUUAUAAACUGCUAUGCUGCAGGAAGCAACGAAGUGUGCAGAAAAAAGGAGGUUGAAAAAUCCCGCAAAUUCCUCAUUGUCCAGAUUUUCAAUGCAGACACCAACAAAACCAUCAAUACCUUCAAUGAUUCGUCCAUGCAGCACCUGAAGAGUAACGUAACCAGAGUACUGAUCCCGUACUUCUUCCUUGUGGUGUUCAUUAUUGGCCUCCUGGCCAAUGGGCUGGCUUUGUGGGUGCUCAUCACCAGAAUCAAGCAGCUUCCCAGCACUUUCUUACUCAUCAACUUGGCCCUCGCCGACCUGUUGGUGCUCCUCUCCCUCCCUUGGAGAAUCGCCUACCAUCUGCUGGGCAACAACUGGGUGUUUGGCGAGACGUUCUGCCGCAUCUCCACUGCUCUCCUCUAUGGGAAUAUCUACAGCUCCAUUCUGUUCCUGACCUGCAUUGGUGCCGACCGCUACCUGGCCAUUGUGCACCCCUUCUUCUCAAAAGCGAUCCGGAACAACACAGCUGUAUACUGCAUUUGUGGAGGGAUCUGGCUGGUGCUCGUGCUAAGCAUGGUGCCUCAUUACACCACCAAACAGUCGUACUGGAUAGACCCUCUCAACAUCACCCUGUGCAAUGACGCCUUCCCAAUCGAGACACUGACAAACUACCGCCCUUACUUAAUUUGCCAAGUGCUCUUUGGUUUCAUGAUUCCAUGCUUGAUUGUUGUCUUCUGUUACAUAGCGAUCAUUUCCACGCUGGCUCUGAACGAUAUGAAGUAUGGCCAUGCAAUUGUGGCCACCCUGCUGGUCCUGCUGGUGUUCCUAGUGUGUCUGACUCCCUUUAACGUGACCUUGUUGAUCCAGAUCUACACGCAGAGCAGCGACAUGUACUAUUACACCAUGAUCUGCCUGGUGAUCAGCACCCUCAGUAACUGCAUUGACCCGUUCAUCUACUACUACAUCUCGGAGGAGUUCAGGAACAAGAUGAUGGGUCUGCUCACUGCCUAUAGAACUGAGACUGGCUCAGGGAAAUCGAACCAGAGCACACUACAGAGCAGUAACCAGUCGCAGCCCAGUCCUCCCCAGUCGGCGUAGUUUCCAGCAGAUCAGCUGGUGAGCCCAGUCAUUUGCCUCAGAGCCAUCUGGAAACUGGCCAGGUUAAUGGAACUUAGACAAAAGGCCUAAUUGUGAGUGGAUCUCGGCAAACCCUGGCAACUAGGAAGCAAGGAAGUUGCUGUGGGUCAUCUUCCUUCCCACCCCAGUCCUAAUGAGUUGUAUCUCACUGUAACUUAUCGUGUGUCUAAUGUCAUCAGUGUAGCUUAUGUGCAAUGAUACUUAGAGCAUUCGUUUGCCAGGAUAAUCAAGGAUUUCUAGACUUUACAGAGAAAAAGAACAUUUUCAUGAAUUAAAGGCUUGACCACAUGUCUGAAUUCAAUCAUGUCCAUUAGAAGAGACUGUUCAGCUAGGUUCACUGAUAAGACAUAGGAGCUGAAUGAGGCCAUUCAGCCCAUUGAGUCUGUUCCACCAUUCCAUCAUGGCUGAUUUACCAUCCCUCUCUCAACCCCAUUCUUUUGCCUCCUCCUUGUAACCUUUGACACCUUUACUAAUCAACCUCCGCUUUAAAUAUACCCAGUGAUUUGGCCUCCACAGCCGUCUGUGGCAAUGAAUUCCACAGAUUCACCACCUUCCCCUCUGACCAAAGGAGUUCCCCCUCACCUCUGUUCUGAAGUGACAUACUUCUAUUCUGAGUCCGUGCCCUUUCCCCAGAACUAGUUCAAUCAUUCAAUUUCUUUUUUAAAAAAACCUCCACAAAUAAUAGCAGGUCACAUGGUUUCCCCCUCAUCCACAACCUAUGUUCUCAACACAAGGUAGAGCAGACCACUGGCCAACGCAGUUUCACCACUGUCCUCAACUUAUAUAAGAUAACCAUUUGCCAGAAGCCAGUAGAAAUCAUAUAACCAUGUAACAAUUACAGCACAGAAACAGGCUAUCUCAGCCCUUCUAGUCCAUGCCAAACGCUUAAUCUCACCUAGUCCCACCAACCUACACUCAGUCCAUAACCCUCCAUUCCUUUCCUGUCCAUAUAGCUGUCCAAUUUAACUUUAAAUGGCAAUAUCGAACCUGCCUCAACCACUUCUGCUGGAAGCUCGUUCCACACAGCUACCACUCUCUGAGUAAAGAAGUUCCCCCUCAUGUUACCCCUAAACUUUUUUCCAGGGUCCCCGAACCUGAUACACUCACUGGUCAGACCUUUACCAGUAAAGAUAUAAAGGAGCAGAUUGCAGCGAGCUGCAGUAAAAUGGAGCUUUGGUUGGAUACAGCUGGAACAAAUGGUUUCUGUUCUGGGGAGUGCAUGACAUAGAGUGACCCAAAAGAGGGGAUUGCGGAUUCAGGGGAAGUUAUGACGAUUAAGUUGACAGACUUCAUGGACUACCUUUGUAUUCCCUUGAGCCUGACAGAUUAAAAGGUGACUUUUCCAAAAUGUUUAAAAUGCUAAAGAAAUUCAUAGUCUUAGCCAGGGUCAGGAUUGAUUGGGGUUAUUGGGGUAAAGGGAUUACAACCCAGGCAUCCCACCUCUCCCGGAAGUUCCGGGAAUCUCCCGCAUAUUGAUAGUGGCUCCCUGACGCCCACAAAUUAUAUACAAUAUCCCGGAAAUCAAUUUUUUUGAGAGCGAGCAAGUGAGAGGGAGAGAGAGACAGAGACAGAGACAGAGACAGAGGAAGGGAGUGACAGACGUAACAAGAGAGUGACAGAGAGAGCAUCCUGAUUGAUCUCUCUUUGUGCUAAGUAGACCUAUCAGUUUUCUGUGUGGGUGGGCUUUACAGUCGACCUCUCUCUCUCUUUCAUUGUCCAUCAGUUCAGUUUAGUGUCCUGCAGCGCCAUGGCAGAGUGUUCCAAAAAAAGAAAAUAUAAAACGUUCUUCACCCCAGACUACACUAAACUGUACCCCUGCCUAAUAGGGGUCAAAAAUAAUGACAGUGUUGCUCGCUGCACUGUUUACAACAGUGACUUUUCUAUUGCCCAUGGUGGGUUAAGACUGUAAAAGACAUGUUGAGGUGAGUUUAACAGGUGUCAUUUGUUCAUUAGCAUAGCUAACAUCACAGUACAAGGAAAGUUUGCAAAAGAAGUAGAAAAGCUAUUUGCAUUGAGACUGCCAACAAAAUACUCAACAAGGUAUAUAUGUGUGUGUGUAAAUAGUUUCAAUACGUGAUCAAAUAAAUUGUUGUGUUCUUUCAUAAUCAAAUGUCCUGUAUACACACAUCCUUGGAGGUUGACUGGGAGUGGGGGAUAUGGGGUUGCAGAGGGCAGGGAUGGUGGUGCUGCCUCCCUGAAAUGAGUUUUUGCAGGGUGGGAUGUCUGACAACCUAAGGUGAAAACAGUAGUGUUGUAGAUUCAGUUUAUUAGCAGGACAAGUGCAAAGUUUCCUAUAUGUGAUCCACUGGUCAACAAUUUACCGGGAUUCAAUACAGAUCCAAAACUAAGCCCACAACUGUGCCACUUGCAUCCUAAGUGGCCCCAGCUCCAUCUUUCGAGGUCCGAAACUCUUGUAUGAAAAGCUAUUUACAAACUGUUGAAACUGUAGUUGAUUUAAAAAUGCAAACAUGAGGAAAUCUGCAGAUGCUGGAAUUUCAAGAAACACAGUUAAGCAACAAACUGUAGUUGUGUUGUUCUUCCCUCUAGUGGCAGGUCACAGGAUUACAACAAUA